GGACCGGGCUUGUGAUACGCACAGGAAAUCGCUACAGAGAGAAAAAGCGAGUGAUCUCCCGAGGCAAGCGAGACUGUAGGGAGAUAACUGACAGAGGAGACGACAAGGAGCAGUCUACCAGCCGCUUCAACGUGCUCAGAAAAAAUGGAUACGAGUGAAAACUACACUGCGUUGCACGACUUCAACGAAGAAAUCGGUUCAAGUGCUACACGGCCAAUCAUUAAAAUGCCAAACGAAAAACUGCCAGGUAUGGCAUACUCCAAAUCAACAAAGUGUUAUCGUAUGGCAACAAUCUUACUCACCCUGGUUUGCUGCUUAUCUCUGGUGAUGAAUAUCAUGCUAGGAACACUCUUCCACAGACAGAGUCAGAUGAAGGACUCUGGAUGCGGCUGCCAACAAGAUGUUCCUAAACUUGAUGCUCAGAUUCAGACAUGUGAAGAAAAUCUUGUUGAAGUUCAGGAUUUCUACAGUCAGUUGUGCAGCAAAUAUGUCAUUCUUCAGCAACGAGUUCCAGAUAAUCUAAAGCUUGCAGAUUCCGGUCAUUUAUGCCAGGCAUGCCCAAUGAAUUGGAUUCAACACAAGAAAAAGUGUUUCUCUUUUAAUACUGAACGCAAAACCUGGAGUGAGAGUGAAACUACCUGUGAAAAUCUUGGAGGAACCCUGGCUAUUCUUGAAACGCAAGAAGAGCAUGACUUCUUGCAUGAGGGUGCCAGAAAUUUAACAGGAACCUGGGAUUUUCAUUUCUGGAUUGGUCUAUCUGAUACUGUUAAGGAGGGAGAAUGGCAAUGGGUGGACAAAACUCCUCUUAACACAACGUACUGGCACUUAACUAAUAACGAGCCAAACAAUUUCAAAGCUGACGACUUGGAAGGAGAGGAUUGUGCCGUGCUCAACUCACAUUUCAAGGCAUGGUCUGAUGUGCCUUGCAACUUCUCUUAUAAAUUCAUUUGCCAGAAAAAAGCUAUUGAGGUUCGCUUCUAAGCCACCAUUUAGCACAUGUUACUGAAGUGUAAACAUGAAUGAAAUAUCUGAGUACAACCGGCACUCUCAACUGUAAUAAGCCUGUGAAUUUACUGCCUCUAGACAACAUUACCAAAAUAACAUGCACCCAUAAUUAAAGACCCAGUCCUCUUGUAAA